GAAAAUGAAGCAAUGGCGCUUGGUUGCCGUGGGAUUUAGCCUCAUAGGUUUAUUACUCGUAGCAAAUUUCAGCAUACAGUUCAGGAAAAGAUCUAAACGUGGUGACGUACAAGAAAAUCAGAGAAAAUUCAUUGCGAUCGGUAAGGUAUCUGCCACAGCUGGUCCUGAAAAUAUAAACAAAAGUUAUGUGGCUCUCUCCUUGUUAUAUACAGAGAAUGCUAAGAUGAGUCCAAAUUCAGACUGUGGGAAGACUGAAGAAACUCGAAGUCUUGCUGAAUGUGUUCAUUGCAGUGAUUAUGAGAAGAAAAGCAUAAAAGGCUGUCUACAAACUGGGAAUAUACAACUUACCUAUUGUGUUGACUCUCGCAUAAAAUUCUAUGGAAGCUGUCGACAUAUUGCACAAUGGGAGGAAAAGAAAUUUUGGAUGUUUGAGGGCGUUAUGUUUGUCAUGUUGAUGGUUUCGUCAGCUAUGGUAUGGUUUAGACAACGGCAGCUGGAUAGUGUGUUUUAUCAGAAGGUUCAGAAACAAGUUGAAAGUGAAACAAUAUAGUAAUGGAUGGAUGCACAAGAACAGGAAAAUGCACUAUGAGCCAGAGUGGGUCAAUGAAUCCUCCUGUACAUAAUAUUUAUUCAAUCUGGAGGAAAGUACUUGGAGUUAGUUACUCAUCAGUGAUUAAGGAGGCAGAUGCUUUACAGCCCAUACCCCAAACUGAUGCAAGAAUAGGAUUACUACAUGUUGUUACAAAGGAUCAUAUUUUGUGGAGGUUCCAACAUCUAAUUUGAGAUUGUCCAUGGACUAAGGCAGAAAGUUAACAGUUAGCAUGCACCUGUCUCAUUACAAAGAUGGAGGGUAAUAUCAUUUUUCUGCUGGGAUGAACUACUGAAGACUUUCAUCAGAGGCUGUGUUUGGUUUGACCCCUACCAUACCACUUGAAAUUCCUUUUCAAAUAUUCUAACACCUUUUUAACCUCCUUUAUGCAUUAAAAUGAAAGAGGAUGGUCACUGAAUGGUUGACUUUCACCUAAACACAAAGGCGUGCUAUAAAAGGAGCCUUAGGUCCCACUGGACCAUUUGUCAAUCAAUCAUCGUGUGAUUUAGAACUCUUAGAGUCAAGU